UUAACGUUAUCUUCAACAGGAGAGACCAGCGCAGGGAAAAGCAGCCUGAUAAACCUGUUACUAAAUGAACAAGUUCUUCCGACUAGUGUUCUACAAAAUACUCUGACUAUCUGUGAAAUAUCUUAUGGAGCCAAGCGAGAGGCAGUUAUCCAUUUUGGUAAUAAAGAAAAAACAUCUCUUAGGCUGGGGGAUAUCAAGUCUGACACCUUAAAACAGUACAUCCAAAAACCGACCAAUGAUAAAGAUUGGUGUAAAAAAAUUGAAAUCAAGAUACCUAAUUCACUGUUGAAGGUAAUGUAACAAAUAAUAGUCAAUAGUUAUGGAUUCAAAAUCAUUUUGUACGUUUCUGGUUGUUUUUGUAUUUGUACAAAGGAUAGGUGGUAAGGCUUGUCAACUUCAUGAGAACGUAGAUAACUGUCUAAUUUAUUUUUCUCAUUUGGACUCGUACGAAGAAGAGCUUUGCUUCCUUGGUGUAACUUCCAGCACUGUUCCAGCUUAAUUGAGUAUUCAACAUGCUCAGCUCCUUCUAAAUCUCGUUGCACUCUCUUGCUUUAAUCUUUCUGAUUCUCUUGUAGGGAGGUGUGGUCAUUGUAGACAGUCCGGGGAUUGGCGAUUCGGAGCAAGUCUGUAACAUUGCUUUGGAAUUUUUGCCACAAGCCUUUGCCUUUAUUUACGUAAUCAACAGUCCGAAUGCCGGGGGAAUGCAAGACGACAGGGUAAGUUGAACAUAGCAGUCAUUUCUUAGUGACCUGCUCGUUUUAAGAAAGUAGGAAGAAACGUUUUGGAAUCCUUUACGCUUAUGUCAGCUUUAUAAGGAGUCUUAGACGAGCUGGUUCAUUGACGACGUUAUACCAUACCUGCCGGAACAGUUGACAGACCUAAGCGUUUCAUUGUGUUUAAACGGAACAGUUGAUAGACCGAAGCGUUUCAUUUGUGUUUUAAGCAAAACUUUGGUUACCUUCCAGUGAGGCGGGACUGGAAAGGAGAAUUUCUGAAAAUGAGACGGUAUUAAGUUUCGGUUGGAUCCUACAGACCGAACGGAGAAACCGCCUUUAGAGUUGAUCCUGCGCUUUUCCCGAAGACAGAUGGUUUUGCAGAACAUUUUGUGGUUAUCUUUCCGUGUUUAAAAGUAUUACUUACCAUUGAUAGACCGUAAACUAAUAAAUACAAUGGUUUGGUUAUUUAUGUUUUUAGCUUAUGCGUAUUGUGAAGGAAUGGAACAAACUCUACAGGGGAGACAAAUGCAAUGGCCUCACUUCUGAGUCUGCUUUGUUCGUGUGCAACAAGUGGGACGACGUCGAAAGGCAAACAAAGACCAAUCUGUCAAACAAAGAAAAAAUUAAAAAUGAAAUCAUCUGCAAACUUAAGAAGAAAAUCCCUAACCUAAAUGAGAAAUCCCAGGUAAUUGAAAUGUCGGUGUUCACUGCAGCCCAAAUCCAUCAGAAGUUUGGUGUGAUGAGUGAUGAUUUAAGCAGCCUCAUAAAUGGACUACGACGCCUUCUUCCACUUUGUCUCGAGAAGAAAACCGAGCACUUCUACAGGUAAUUUGAAUUUCUCAGGAGUGCUUAAUGCGAACACCUCUUUGUCGGUAUUGCUCGGUUUCCAUGUGACAUCAUCGUACUGUAAAAUCAAAACUUGCCAAACCUGAGUUCAUUAUCUUCAGGCAUAAAAUCCCCUAAAAUCUCUUGAAUUUUAUCUUUUUAUCAAUCACACGUCAACAACGUGCGGUCAAAGAAGUAAAGGCGUCUCCUGUCACAGAGCUGUCACGUGAAAAAAAAAAAAACAGUAAAAAGUGAUGACUUAUCCUUUGAUUUGUUCUUCCUGAACAGUCAAAUGCGAGAUUUGCUCCGUGUUAAGGUACGUGUAGAAAUUUGGUGAACAGCUGAAACUACUGACAGCACAGAUCGGCAGAGACCUUUUAAAAGAGUUUUGUACUAGUUAUUAAGUGGACAUGAUCACUCACUGAACCCGUGCUAGUGUCUAUUACAGAAAAUAUGAGAAGAUAUAUAAGACUUACGGACGUUACUGUCUAACUGUCUACUGUCUGUUUAACAUGGGUUUCUUUUUACGAACAGACUUUACUGUAGUUUAAGCUGAAAUUAACUAUUUUUUUCACAAUUCACCAGGAUGAAUAGCGGCUGUCUUAAGUCCUUAUCGGAUCAGGUGAAAGGUGAAAUUAACAAUGCAAAACGGUCCCGAGAAGAUCGAUUCAAAGCUCAAAAGGACGUUGAAGUAAAGCUGGAAAAACUCAAAGACGGCGCCUUCAUAAAGGAGACUGACAAAGCAAUAUCUAGGCAUGUGAAGAAUAUUUCCACGCAAGUCAAGUCCUGUUUACAACAGGAUGGAGUAAGAAGCGCGUUUUGCACAUGGGAAGAAAAGGAUCUGCCACAAAUCGAUGACAGUCAACGAGGGAAAGUGGAGAAAUUGAAAAAUAUUUACAACCAAAGUCUUGAGCAACGGUUCGAAAAAAUUUUACAGACCCUGGAAAAGAGGGAACAGCUAUUUUCGAAGGCUCACGCUGACCUUGAGCAGAGAUUUCGUCAAGGCUUCUUUGAAUUUGAGAAAGACGUACGAGACAUCGAUCAGGUCCUUGUUGGCGAAUCUACGGACGAAGUAUUAUUGCAAUUUGAAGACCGUUCUCCCUUGGACUCAAGAGUUAAGAAAUUCAUUUUCCUGACAAGUGUCGUCUUCAUGCCAGUUCUGUUCCCCAUUGGUUUGGCUGCAGCUGUUUUAUCUGCGCCGGUAAUUGGAUAUUUGGCCGUCGAAAGAAUCCUGAACGAAAGGCAUUUGAGAAACGAUCCCUGCCAAGUGCUAAGAGAAUUAUCCACGCAUUUCCUUCAGAAAAACAUUGACGAAGUAAUUUUCGACCGAGUUUCGCAAGAAUUUACCGAUGAGAGGGAACGUAUAGAUAGUAUCAAGAGAUGCUAUAACGAGCUUCUUGAGAAAUAUGAGAGGAAAUGCAAAGAUCUCACCAAAUGCGAAGAUGAAGAAACACGGAAAGGAACUGUCGAGAUGCUUAGUCCUUUGUACACAAAGCUUGAGGAUAUAAGUCAAAACCUAACCUUUGAUGCCAUUCAGCAUGGUAUACGUGUGAUGUCCCCUUCCUGCGAAGUCGACAAAAGGACUCUUUAUUACGAGACAAGGAUCGGGGGAGGCUCUUAUGGUGACGUUUACAAGGGAAAGAUCAGCCUUCCAGGGAGUGAGAAAGAAGUAGCUGUCAAGAAGCUAAAAGAACCUCCGCAGGCGUCAAACGUUGCCCCCUUCCUCGGAGAAGCAAAUAUACUGAUGUAAGCGAGUUUCGUUCAUAGACGAGUUAAUUCGCCUAGAAUUAAAGUCGAUUCGCCUCAGUUGACGACUUUAUUCGUAGCUGAUUGCCUGGGAAAGGAAGUUUUGGCUGGCUUUGGGAAUAAAACGGGGCAAGGGUGAAGGGGCAACCAGGGCUGUCCUUCGUGUUCUCAAACGCGACAUGCUACGCUGUCCUUCAACCUCGUUCCCAUGGUGCAACUGAAUGCCUGCCGCCUAAAUUUUGAACUAAGAACCAAAAUAUAAGUAAGCUUUCUGGGAAAAAGGCAACGUUCGUUCCUUGUAAACGUCGUUGGUAAACCAUGUAAAAAUCUUCCAGUGUGACUAAUGAGUUGUACUUAAAUGUGUUCAAUGAUAAGAGAGUGAUCAUUACUUGGUUGCUAGGCAUGUCGGUGGAGAGGUAAUAUAAUUUUAAAAUGUACGUCAUAUACGUUUAUCUCAAAGUUGAGGGAGAUUAAAAUAUUAUUUUUUGCAGGAAACUAAAACACACUCAUAUAGUGGAGUUCUAUGGAGUAGUUAUGGAUGUCCAGGACAACCAGCUGAGAUUCUUGGCCCUCGUCUUUGAGUUGUGCAAGGCAAGUCUCAAGAAUCACAUCUUCAAGAACGAGGAAAAUAAACCGUGGAGGACAAACAGCGCAGCCAUUAUCACAUGCCGAUGGGGCGUUGAAAUUUUAGAUGCCCUGGAAUUCAUUCACAGCAAGAAAAUCGUUCAUCGGGAUCUCAAGCUUGACAAUGUUUUAGUAAGUCAUUUCAAUUACUACAUGUUGCAAAUUUCUCCCAGUAACCAUUCAAACCGUGGACGCAAAGGAUUGAUCUUCCAGUGUGUAAUCUUUUUUUGUGUACUACACUGGGCCCUUUGUUCUAAAUCUGAUUGGGUAGGUUGUCCAUUACUUAAUUAUAUAUGUUAAAAGAUGUUGAUAAAGACGUUCUGUGUUGAAUCAAAUCUAUUUGUUUAUUUAUUUAUUUAUUUAAGCUGUACCCGUUCUGUUCAGUGACUUGCCUUUGACGUUUACGGUCAAGCCAGGUCAGGCGUACCCCCCAAGAUGCCAUUAAUAAAUUUAUUAUUCGGAAGUUGAAUCCGUUGUUAGUUGUAGAUUUCAGAUUCAUCUCUGCAUUUUUGCAUGCGCAAUAAUCCGUGAAUUCACACGCGAGGUAGUUACGAAAUUUCUAGCAGCUCAGUUUCCCUGAUUUCGAUGUAAAUGUCUUCUGAGAAAGUUAAUCAAUUCAAAGAUUUCCAAUCGGACCAAAAUACAGAGAAGCUCUCGUAGAACAUUUCCUGCUCAUUACUCAUGCAGAAAUGCUGGUUUGAAUUUGACACUUGUUAUGGGAUCGGCUAACGGAUUCGUUUUUCAAAUAAUCAAUUCAUUAAUAGAAUCUUGGGGGGUACGCCUGACCUGACUUGACUGUAAAGGUCAAAAGCAAGUCACUGAGCAGAACGAGUAUAGCUUAAAUAAAUAAAUAAAUAAACAAAUAAACAAAUAGAGUUGACCGAUCUUAUUGGACACAGUCCACAGUUAAGGGCACUGGCUUCAAGUUUUCCUGAAAACAUUUCGCGAGUUUAUCCAGUAGCCUGCACCGGAGACACUUUAAACCGCUGAAAUUCAGUCUAAACGAUGGGUGAGCCGGUUAAAACGCUGUCCUGCGAAAACAGCCGUUUCUCCUCGCUCUUCGCCGCUGGGGGCGUUUCGCGCAGAGGAACGUCUACGACUAAUUAAUGUUUACAUAAUAUAUCCGGUAGUCAUAGGGUUCCACAUCCAAAUUUGUUCAAUUUUACGUUUCUCCUGGUCGAUUUUACUAAAGUGUUGUGUUCAUCUGUGAACGAGCUGCAGCAGAACUCAAAUGCUUCUUCUAGAGAAGAGUAUAUUCCACCUAUUUUGACUGUUUUGUGAGAGAUUCAUCGCGUUUACAUUUGACCUUGAUGGUUUUUGUCCUUUUGUCUGUCAUUCGUAAACAAUAGCUAAAACAAUGUAACUACUCCGUCGACCAAUCAGCGCUUCUGACCGGAUUCCGGAAAGAUUUUACGUCGUCAGUAUGGAAUUUCUGUCGCUGAGUCGCAGACGUUAUUCUUCGCGAAACGUCCUUAGCGGCGAAGGAUGAGCAGAAAAGGGUGUUUCCCAGGCUUAUUAAAACGCAGGCUAGUCGUCCACACGACCGGAUUAAACCUUUUAAUGACAAUUUAUCAAAUAGCCCCGCCACGAAGCGUCCCCAGCGACUGUGAGUAAGGAGAGGCGGUUGUAUUUGCAGGCUAUUUGUCAAGUGGUACCAAAAAUUCAACCAAACUACUUCGACAAAAUGUCAGCUUACGAAUUCUUAUCACAGACUAAUAAAACAGUUUUAACCUUAUUUCUUCACCCUUAGCACUUGUCGGAUAGACAUCACUUUACAGGACUGUAACAACAGGUACAUACGCGACGUAUUUGAAAGGGAAAUAGCUCUUUCCGAUCAAAUUGUAGAAACCUAAGUAAUAUUCAUUCGUUUCAUUCUGCUUAAGUUGCAUAAAACUUAUUUUGUCUCACCUGCACUUUACACUCAUUCACAGAUUACCAAGAUGGAACAUAUCAAAGUGGCAGACUUGGGGCUGGCCACCUUUAGAAACCAGAUAACGGGAACAUAUUGUGGCACACCAUGGUACAUGGCUCCAGAGAUACGCGAAAAUAAAAUCUACGAUUCCAAGGUGGACAUGUACAGCUUCGGAUUGAUGAUGUGGGAAAUGUGGUUUGGUGAGAUGGUUCCUUCUGAUCCGAUCUCCUGGAGUCAAGACAAGGUUACCCGACAAAUAGACAAGAGGAAACAACGCGCCGAAGGACGCGGAGACACUCGCCACCCUCCUCCUGCAAAAUGGAUCGAAUUGAUGGUGUCCCUUUCGAAUGCUGAGCCAUGCGUGAGGAAAACGGCCACAGAAAGUAAAGAAUUGAUGAAGAAGUUAAACACUCCGUGA